UUUCUUUAGAAGCCAGCAAAACAACGUGUUUUCAGAUUUGGUUGCAUUUUUGAGUUUUUUAUUAUUAUAAUAAUCUUUCAUGUUUAUAAAUUAGAAGACAUGGCUUCACAAACUGUUCCAUUAAAACCGCCUGGUAAGAGUUGGCGAGAAAUAAACCAAGAGCGUAAAUCAUUGAAACGACAAAGAAACGAAGAAAAGUUAAUCAAACGAGAAAAGCGCGCAGCUCUUGAAAAGGAAAUAGAAUUGAAAAAUGAAGUAGAAACCAAGAAAGAGAACGUUGAAAUAUCUACUGUUAGCAUAGCAGUGCCCGGGACUAUAUUGGAAAAUGCUCAGUCAGCGGAAUUGCGCACUUAUCUAGCCGGGCAAAUUGCUAGAGCCGCAUGUGUGUUCUGUGUUGACGAAAUCAUCGUAUACGAUGAUAUAGGUGAUAAAAUUAACACGAAAAAAUCCAAAUUAGACGAUGCUGAUGGUUCAAAAGUGGCACGUAGGAGUUGCGUUCAGUUGGCAAGAAUAUUGCAAUAUUUAGAGUGUCCGCAAUAUUUGAGAAAACAUUUUUUCCCCCUCCAUAAAGAUCUUGAGUUUGCUGGUCUUCUCAAUCCACUUGAUGCACCACAUCAUUUACGACAGUCAAAUGAUUUCAAAUUCAGAGAGGGAAUUACAAUGAAUAAAAAAGUAAAACCUGGACGUGGUUCCCAGGUCAAUGUGGGGUUAUUACAGGACAUAUCCACUGACAAAUUGCUAAACCCUGGCAUACGUGUUACAGUAAAAAUGAACAACACUGAGGGCAGCAAAAAGAUAAAAGGAAAGAUUGUCAGCUUGUCAACUCCAAGGGCUGAAACAGGAGUAUAUUGGGGCUACACUGUAAGAAUUGUAAACAGUUUGAGUCAAAUAUUUACACAGUGUCCUUACAAGGAUGGAUAUGAUUUAACUAUUGGAACAUCUGACAGAGGCACUCCCAUCGAUGACUUGCCAGAUAAAGGAGUCAAAUACAAUCAUGCUUUAAUAGUUUUUGGUGGUUUGCAUGGCAUAGAAACUGCUCUAGAAAGUGAUGAACAGUUACAACUUAAUGAAGCUUCUCUGCUAUUUAACCAUUAUAUAAAUGUGUUGCCUAACCAGGGGUCCAGGACUAUAAGAACAGAGGAAGCUAUACUUAUAGCUAUGUCAAGCCUAAGAACAAAAUUAAAAGCUAACAAUGAACCUAUGGAAUUCAAUGAUAGUGGUAUAGCAACCAGUUCUUCAUUCCCCAUAAUGAAACCAGAUUUAUCUGGUGAUGAAAAUAAUUUAGAUUUAAGCAGAUUUGAUUAAAACAAUCAAUGAAAACUAA